UCUUCCGUCUCUUUCUACACGUUUUUCAGACUACGCGUUAUCUUUCUCAAUAUUUUAUCUGUUCUUAUUAUAUCUAUGACUUAAUAUUUGCAUUUGUAUUGAGAAAGAUGAAAAAGGAGUAACGAGCUGUUAAAAUUAAUCUUAUGUAGUCAGUUUUAGUUUUAUUUUCAAUACAUACCAUGUCGCCUGAGCCUACACAUGAAUCUAUUCAGGAAAAUCUGACAGUUUCCAAUGCACUCCUAGAUGCAAGAAUGAUGAAUGAUGAAGACGAUAGUGAUGAUGAGGAUGUAGGAAUGGCAGGAUAUAUGCCAUUGUCCCAAGUAUCUACUGAUGUAGAUCCUAUAUUGGAUAGGGAAGAGAGCGAUGAGUGGUUAUCUGGAUUUGAUGAAUCUACUCAAAUAUCAUCGGCUCAUAUGGUAGAAACCCAGCAAAGUUGUUCUUCAGAGAUACUGCAAGUUUGGUCAAGUUCAGAUAAUCGUUCUGAUAUUGACUUAGAUGCAUCUAAGAUCAAGGAAGUUAAAUCUGUAAUGGCAUCCAUCACCCUUCCGGAAACUUCAAUUCCACAAUGGGCGUCCACAAUUUCAGAAGAGCAAUGGAAAGAGCAACUUCUUGUUCGCAUUAAACAGAUGCAGAACAAAGAUCCAUAGAGUUUUCAAGUUGCAUCAUAGUCACCAGAUUGCACACAUACAACAAACAAAAGGUUAAAAUCUUUAUUAUCUGCUGCACAUAAUAAGCAGUAUAUAUAUCUGGAAUUAUAAUUCAAAUUAUAAUUAUAAUUACAAUGUUAAAAGAUGUGGAAACAUAAUCAAGAACUAGUUACACAUAUUUUAGCAUUUAAAUAUAAACGAAUAUAUAUGUACGUUUAAUAUAUAUAUGUUUGAUUUUUAUAUUAAUUAGGUUAAGGGAGUUUAAAUAAAGUUUAAGCAUUAUCUCAUUAAUUUAUCUAAUUAAUUUAUAAGAUAUGCAAUUGCAAUGUGACAGGAAGAAAAAAUCAAAAUGUAUUAGUCAUACAAAUCAUAAAGAAUAUUAUUAUUUUUGCUUUUCUUGUUUGAUAUUAUAUUGUUUGGAAACAGAUUAUAAGUAUGAUAUAUUAAUUAAUUAAUAAACAUCGCUCGAUAUGUAAUCGUGCUCGUAGUGUCAAUGAAACAUAUGUGAUAUCUUAUUUUAAUACUACUAUAAUGAAAUCUGAAUUUAUUAUUAAAUCGUUUAUAGCCCAUUGCGCUUAAAUCUUUUUCUUAUUAAUGUUUUAUAGUUCAUCAUAUAUAUAAUAUCCAUUGAAGAAGGCACAAUACGAUUUUAUAACUCGAACUCUGUAUCGAUGGCAGCAGCUUUGACUGGAUUGAGUUUCUUUCGUAAGGCGGCAACAUCGUCUUCUAUUUUUAUCAAUUUCCGAAAUUUCUAAAAAGAAAUAAUUCCGGAUGUAACAUUCCAGAUGUAAAUCAUGUAGCCCGGAAUGCACAACAUCGAGGAGAGACCUGCGAGCCACCCCAACAAAUGACUCCACCAUGGAAAUUCGUAUGUGAGAUAUUUCACAGGCACAAACUUAAUGAUAUUAAAGAUGAAAACGCCCUAUAUAUACAAAGGAUAAUAAAAUAAUGUGUAUAUAUA